GACGGGGAGGGUCGGUGGGUUUGUGCGCGAAGGUGCAGAUGUUGGCGGUUUGAUUGGAGAAGAAGAAGAAGGUGGCGGAGGUCUGCUCUUCAACUCAAGCACUUGACGCGAUAUUAAAGGUACUCUGCAAAAUUUCUGCAAAAAUGGCAAGCACUGGAGACAUACAAAUCAAGGAGCUGAACAAGCGGGCAUCAGGCCAAGCAUUUGAGGUCAUCCUGAGCCCCUCAACCCCGGAUGCUAAGGGGGAGUUUCCUUUGUCCCCCACUAAGAAAAAGGAAAUGUCACUGGAUGAGAUUAAGAGAAAACUAGAGGCUGCUGAAGAACGCCGCAAGAGCCACGAGGCUGAAAUCUUGAAACAUCUUGCUGAGAAACGAGAGCAUGAGAAGGAGGUCAUACAGAAGGCCAUAGAGGAGAACUGCAACUUCAUGAAGUCAGCGCAAGAGAAGCUCAAUCAGAAGAUGGAGGCAAACAAAGAGAACCACUCUGCACGGAUGGCGGCUCUCAGUGAGAAGUUCAAGGAGAAGGACAAGAAGCUUGAGGAAGUGAGGAAGAACAAGGAGGCGAUGAAAGAAACGCAGAGUUAAUUUGUUUACAAUCUGCAAAACAAUCAUUGCAUCUCCAAAGAUAAGCUGUAUUUUUGAUAACUGAAUGCUUCUGCGGUUCUUUAUUGCAUUAAUUCUGAAUAUGCUGGUAAAUCUGCUGUUAGAUUUCUGUUAGAAGUAGUGUAACUUUUCUAUUACUGUAGGUUUCUCUUUGGCAGCUCAGUACACUGUAUUUUCUAUAAGAGGCAUUUGCUUGUAAUAAAUUGGUCCUCGUACUUGUUCAUGCUGGAUGACAUCAUAUGCUGUUGUAAACUGUUGAUCAUGCUGUAACUUUGAAUCGACUGUAUGAUGCAGUACCAAGGUUUCUCCAAUAAAGUUUUUUUAUAUACAAUUUAA